AUGGCGUUGAGUAAAAGCCAACUAGUCCAGGCCGUGCUAGCCAUUGGCACAAUCAUCAAAUUGAAGAAUGGCUGCCAACCGAUCCGAAAUAGUGCGCAGCCCAAGAACCCCUUCUUUGGCCUCGACCGCAAGAUGCAAAUGAACCGCCACGCAAAGAACGGCACCACGCUCAAGGACUCUCUAGAGCGUGAUAGAGUCUAUGGUCCUACGUUCGCCAUGGAUACAUUCACGAACCGUACCAUCAUUACCAGUGACCCGUAUAACAUCAAGACGAUAUUGUCAGUGCGAUUCCACGACUUCGGGUUGAGCGAUCGCCAGUUCGCACUCGGCCCGCUUCUGGGCCAUGGCAUCUUCACGUCGGACGGGGACAGGUGGCACAAGUCGCGCAGUUUGAUAAGGCCUAAUUUCAUCCGCGAGCAGAUUGCUGAUCUGGAAGCUUUCGAGCGACAUUUUCAGACUAUGCUGUCGCUGAUUCCGAGGGACGAGUCCACGGUCGACUUGCAAGAUUUAUUUUUCUGCUUUACCAUCGACUCCGCUACCGAAUUCCUCUUUGGACACUCCGUCGAGUCGCUCGAGGGCAAGAGGCAAGGGAACGAGGCGGGCUCCGCGUUCGCCGAGGCCUUCAACUAUGCCCAAGAAGACGGGGUGAGGCUUUUCCGCCUCGGAUACAUCGCCCGCAUCCUAAAAGAUUGCCGGGCGAAAUUUGUCGAUGCCGCCAUCCAGCUCCGAUGUGCUCAGGACGAGGAGAAGGCGAGUGUUGAUGACAGGAAAUACGUAUUUCUCAAGGAGCUGGCUAAGCAGACGACGGAUCGGGUUGUCCUCAGGGACGAACUGCUGAAUGUGCUUCUGGCGGGGAGGGACACGACGGCGAGUUUACUCGCCAACAUGCUCUUUAUCCUGGCGAGGCGGCCGGAUGUAUGGGCCAAGUUGAGGGCUGAGGUUGCUGGAUUAGGGGGUGAGGUACCGACGUAUGAGACUUUGAGGAACUUGAAGUACGUCAACGCUCGACUUUAUCCCGUCGUUCCUCUCAAUGGACGAUUCGCCCACAACGACACAGUCCUGCCCCGCGGUGGGGGCCUGGACGGCCAAUCCCCUAUUUUCGUUCACAAAGGCACUUUCGUAGCGUACAGUGUUUACGCGAUGCACCGCCGCAAGGAGUUUUACGGUGAAGAUGCCAACGAUUUCAAGCCGGAGAGAUGGGAGACGUUACGGAUGGGGUGGGAAUACCUGCCCUUAAAUGGUGGACCGAGGAUAUGCGUUGGACAGCAAUAUGCCUUGACAGAGGCAUCCUUCGUGGCCACGAGACUGGUGCAAGAGUUCGAACGCAUAGAGAGCCGCGAUCCGGGACCAUGGGUGGAGAAUUUGACCUUGACUGUCUGUUCGAGGAACGGGACGAAAGUCGGGCUUUACGCGGCGUAA